AAAAAAUGAAACCCUCACAUACUAGUAUUUGUCAUACCGCCGCCUGAAUAUUCAGCUCUAAGGGGCCCUUCUUCUGGAAGCAGGAAUCAGUCAGAACUCAUUUCAAACACCUUUUCAUUUACUUUUUCAAUCUUUUCCCUUUUUCCUCACAACCCCAUUUCUUGUAUUUUAUUACUACUGAUAAAAAAAAAUCCAUUGAAAAAACUUUUUUUUCUAUGUUACUUGUCAACUGCAAUCUAAGAAACUCAUUUUUACACUGAUAAAUAAGGGAUAGGAUUGUUCUUUUUUAACCCAAUGCAAAGGACUAGGAGCUAAAUCAAAGGUGGAGUCUUGAAGGAUUCUUGAAAAAAAAAAAGUUGGGAAUCUGACAAUGCUUCUUUCACAGCAUUUCAAGAUUCAAUUUUUGAGACACCAUAGUUCUCAUACUGAGUAUAUAGCUCAUGGGAAAAGCUUAAAAGUUCCAAGCUUUAAGCAACUACUCUAUAAGCCCACUAAGGGCAUAAAUAUAGAUAAAAAUCUAUGUCUACAUACAUUUAGGUGUGUAAAGCACAAAUCUUUAGCUGUCUCUUUAGAUGCAGCUAGUGAAAGUUGCAAUCUUGAACAAAAAUUUGAAGUGGCUCAAGAAAGUUGCAAUCUUGAAAAAAAAAUUGAAGUGGCUAAAGAAAAAAGCUUUUGGGGUGCUGUAAGUUUGGUUAUUGGUACAGCUGUAGGGCCAGGAAUGUUGGGAUUACCUGCAUUAACUGUAAAAUCUGGUCCACUUCCAUCAACUAUAUCCCUUUUAUUGACUUGGGUUUAUGUCAUUUCCUCUAUUAUUCUUGUAGCUGAGCUUAGUUUUGCAGCAAUGGAAGAAGAUGGGGUUGAUGAAGUUAGCUUCACUAGUCUUGCAACUAAGGCAUUAGGCAGCAAAAUUGGAUCUUUUGUUGCUUUGGUUUAUGCUUCACUAACUUUUGCUUUGUUGGUAGCUUGUGUUUCUGGCAUUGGUUCAAUAAUUUCUCAGUGGUUUCCUAAAAUCAAUCCUAUUCUUGCAAAUGGGAUAUUUCCAUCACUAGUUGGGAUAGUUCUAUGUUUGUUACCUUUUAAGGUUAUUGAUGUGACAAACAGGUGCCUAUGCAUUAUAAUGCUUUUCUCCAUUACAGCAUUAGUAGUAAUUGGACUAUUUGUUGGGAGAAUGAGUAUUCUUGAUUCCUUUGGAUUUGCUUCUUGGAGAUUUUCCUCAGUCUUGCCUGCUAUUCCUGUGGCUGUACUUACAAUGGGGUUCCAUGUAAUUACACCAUUCAUUUGUAAAAUUGCUGGAAACACUGUUCAUGAUGCUAGAAAAGCAAUAAUUCUAGGUGGGGUUAUUCCUUUAGUUAUGGUUGUAUCAUGGAAUUUGAUUGUUUUGGGACUUUCUGGGAACAAUGGUUCAUUUGUGUCGAGUGAUCCGAUAUCGCUCUUGCUGUCUGUUAAUUCCUCUGCUCUACCAGCAGUUCAAGGUUUUGCAUUUUCAGCAUUGGCCACUAGCUUGAUAGGAUAUGCUGUUAGCUUCCCGAAGCAGGUUAUCGAUACCUUGGAUUUGAUCUUUACUAAUUCUAGUCCAUCUAGAGUAGGAAAAGUUGGUUCAGCCAGUUUCAGGUUGAGGCAAAAUCUUGGAAAUGCAGGGAAAGUCUCUUAUGAUGCUUCAGAAGUUAGAAAGGAAUAUGGUUUCAAAUCUUUGCAAAGCAUUGUGAUGCCUUUUGUACUAGCUUUACCAGUUCUCAUUGGUUCUUUCUUUCCUUCAACAUUUUCAAGAGCUCUUGAUUUUGCUGGGAUUUACGCGAACUGCUUUCUGUUUGGCAUCCUUCCCCCGGUGAUGACAUACAUUUAUCAGUACAGGAGAAAACUCAGGUUAGGGAUCCUCCCAGGAGGAGAUGGUGUUCUACUACUACUUUUAACCAUAUCUGUUAUUCUAGGCAUUUGGCAUUAGUCUUGUACUUCUCUGCUAGCUAGACUUGCACUAUCAAUACAUGUAAUUUUCCUAAUUCUUGAAGGUUCAA